AACUGAUCUUCGUCGCACCUCUGCGUUCGGUUCGGCACCAUCUCUCCUCCUCGUACUCCAGAGUCCCUAAAACCCUAGAGCAAAACCCUGCCAAAAAUGGCGGAUCGCGCGGCGGAGGAGCUCCUCUGCGACGCGGCGGCGGCGGGGGACGCCGCACAGGUCUCCACCCUCCUCGCCGCGGGCGCCGACCCCGCGUUCUUCGACUCCGACGGGAUGACGCCGCUCAUGCACGCCGCGCGCCACGGCCGCGCCGCCGCGGUGCGUCUCCUCCUCGACGCGGGCGCCCCCUGGAACGCCCUCUCCCCCUCCGGCCUCUCCGCCGGCGACCUCGCCAUGGCCCACGCCCACGGCGACGCCCUCGACCUCCUCCUCGACGCCGCCGUGCGCGCCGAGCUCGUCCUCGGCCGCGCCGCCGCCACCGCCUCCGCCCCCGCCGCCGAUCGCGCCUACCUGGCCGAGCGGGUCGCCUUCGGCGAGGACCGGAUCGUGGACGCGGAGAGCAAGGCCGUGAUGAUGGCGUGGGAGAGGCCGCUCAUGGAGGCGCACGCCAGGGCCGUGUGCGGCGGAGGCGGAGGCGGAGGCGGUGGCGGUGGCGGCGUGGGUAGAGUCCUCAAUGUAGGGUUCGGGAUGGGCCUCGUCGACGAGGCGAUUCAGAAGUAUGAGCCUGAGGAACACACGAUCGUCGAGGCCCAUCCCGACGUCUAUGAUCGGAUGCUUAAGCUUGGGUGGGGGGAGAAGAAGAAUGUGAAGAUCGUAUUCGGGCGGUGGCAAGAUGUUCUCCCUCAGCUCGAAUCCUAUGAUGGAAUAUUCUUCGACACCUACGGAGAAUACUACGAGGACAUGAGGGAAUUUCACCAGCAUCUGCCCCGGUUACUGAAGCCCGGAGGGAUCUAUUCAUACUUCAAUGGCCUUUGUGGCGACAAUGCAUUUUUCCAUGUGGUUUAUUGUCAACUAAUUUCGUUGGAACUUGCUAACUUAGGGUACUCGACUCAAUUUAUUCCUCUCCCUGUUAAAGAUUGCUUGUCCGAGCAAGUGUGGGAAGGUGUGAAGCAGAAAUAUUGGCAGUUGGACACAUAUCACCUCCCUGUUGUCCAAGCAGAAACCGAUUCCGAGUGAGUGAUAUUAAGAAUAAUUCAAGUUGAAAUUGUAUUCUUUUCGAAGCUCGUUAAGGUACCAAAUGUAUGAUUUGUGUUGAAUAACUCUCUCUUGUUAAGUAUUGUUGAUUUAUACGCAUCUUUCUCUGGAAUGCUCAAUUAGUAACAAAUAGAAUAUACGAUAAAAAAUAUUUAUAUUUC